AUGCGGUGGUGCCCCUGGCUGCCCGCCUGCCUGGCCUGGGGCUGUGUGGCCGCGCUGUGCGGCUCCCGCGGGCUCUGCCCGGCCCCGAACGCCUCCCGCCCCGAGCCGGGUCAGUGCCCGCCGCGCCGGGCCGCGGAGCUCUGCGCCUGGGCCCUGUCCUCCGACAGCCUCCUAGAUCCUUUUCCAGUUGAUGUGAUCCAAGAAAAUUAUGUCCGUAAUGUGAGAAACUGCAUUUUUUCAGUUGUCUAUCCUACACCUUUUAAAUCUAGAGUUCGUCUUGUAGCUGUUUCAAAGGCAGUUCUUGAAAAUAUUUUGGAUCUUGAUAUAUCUGUCAAAGGAUCAUCUGGUUUUCUGGAGUUCAUCAGUGGUGGGAAAGUGAUAUCUGGGUCUGUUCCACUGGCCCAUAGGUAUGGGGGUCACCAGUUUGGUAGCUGGGCAGGUCAGCUGGGGGAUGGAAGAGCCCACUUGAUCGGAGUAUAUACAAACAGGCAUGGUGAGAGGUGGGAACUGCAAUUAAAAGGGUCAGGAAAGACCCCAUACUCCAGGAAUGGUGAUGGGAGAGCUGUGCUUCGCUCUUCUGUUCGAGAGUUUCUGUGCAGUGAGGCCAUGCACUAUCUUGGAAUUCCUACAAGCAGAGCUGCUAGCUUAGUUGUAAGUGAUGAUGAUGUGUGGAGAGACCAGUUUUACAAUGGAAAUAUUAAGAAAGAAAGAGGUGCAAUAGUGCUACGACUUGCCAAAUCGUGGUUUCGUAUAGGAUCCUUGGAAAUCUUAGCUCACUCUGGGGAGCUGGACUUACUGAGAAGAUUGCUAGACUUUAUCAUCCAGGAACAUUUUCCAUCAAUAGCUAUGAAUGAUUCAAAUAGAUACCUGGAAUUUUUCUCUACAGUCGUGUCAGAGACUGCAAAUCUCAUUUCCUUGUGGAUGUCUGUGGGGUUUGCACAUGGUGUGUGCAAUACAGAUAACUUCAGUUUAUUGUCCAUAACAAUAGAUUAUGGUCCAUUUGGAUUUAUGGACUCCUAUGACCCAAAUUUUGUUCCAAACACAUCUGAUGAUGAAAGGAGGUAUAAAAUAGGAAAUCAGGCAAGUGUUGGGCUGUUUAAUCUGAGCAAGCUGUUGCAAGCUCUAAAACCUUUAUUGGAUCCCAGGCAAAAGCAGCUGGCUUCCCAAAUUUUGGAGGGGUAUGGUGAGCACUAUCACAGUCGUUUUACAGAACUAUUCAAAACAAAAUUGGGUCUUCUUGGGGAGAAUGAGAAUGAUAACUAUUUGAUUGCUUUCCUCUUAAAAAUUAUGGAAGAUACAAGGGCUGAUUUUACAAUGACAUUCCGAGAGCUGAGUGAAAUUACUGCAGAGCAGUUAAAGGAGCUCCAUAUUCCUGAGGAGUUCUGGGCUCUCCAGGAUCUGGGUAAACACAAAUUAUUUUCAGAAUGGGUUACUAUGUACCUCCUGAGAUUAAACAGUAACAAUGGUGACUCAGAUGCCAAAAGAAGAACUAGAAUGGCAACUGUUAAUCCUAGAUAUAUACUUAGGAAUUGGAUGGCAGAAUCAGCAGUGCAAAAAGCUAAUUUGAAUGAUUUCUCUGAGGUUCAGCUCCUAGAGCAGGUUUUACAGCACCCCUUUCAGAGGCAGGAGGCUGCAGAGAGAGCAGGGUACUCCCUGCGCCCCCCAGCCUGGGCCAAGCAUCUCAAAGUCAGCUGUUCAUCGUGAGGGAAAUUCAAACAAGCAAGAAGAAUUAUCAAGGUCAAAGCUCAAGCCUUCAAAUAGGGCUAAUGGAUCAAGCCACAGGAAUUUCUCUCCCUUAGACUGGGUGGACUGGAAUCUGCUACGGUUCUUGACCAACUGAUGAAGUCUCAAGAUUAAAGAAGUGCAUCACUAUCUAUGGUUGCAUCAGCAGAUUAUACUGGCAUUAACAACUCUGCCUCUCACAUUCAGCUGUGCUUUACUUUGAGUCCCAAUAUUUAAGUUCUGCCAAACUGUAACACUUAACCUUUCAAAAUUCAUGGCUGAUCAGAUGGGUCUUAAUAGCUUUUAGUGACUGAUCCAUUUAAAACCCAUCUAGGCUAGUUUUAAUAAUGCAGUAUUUUGGUGAAUUUUCCUCUUGCUGUUAAAGACUCAUCAAAUAUAGCCAUUUUCUGCAGACAUAAAUGUUCUUAAAUCUUGCAGACCUGGCACAGAGGAUCAUCUUAGACCUUGAUACCUUUUCUCAUUCUGAUUAUGUUUUGUCCCAUUAAACUGAGAGAAGAUUUAAAGGAAAUUCAAUUAAAUAGUUAGCAAAGAUGUCUGUCUUGGAAGAGACAAAAAUGUCUGUCUUACUCCAGAGCAAGUUUUGGUGUCUUUGCUGGUGUCAGGUACCUUUCCAGAGGACCACUGCUCUUUCAAAGUAUCUUUUGAUAGGAGUAGAAAGAUUAUUGGUGCACAGAUAUGAAGUCUCAGGAAAAAUUCACUGUUUGGCCCUGGAAAAGGACUGUGAUGGGAGCAUCUCAGCUGAGACUGCUUCAGUUUCAGGUAUGGAGGAAGAUUGAAAAGGACAUGCUGCAAUUUCAGAUAUUUUCAGACUAAAAUACUGUAAGGUCUAGUGAUAUACAGACCAUUUAGAAGGCAAUAGGUUAGGCAGAGGUAGCAGGAUUAAUUUCUUUCUACAAAUGCUUUGAAUUACAGCAUUGGAACAUCUUUUCAUAUUUUGCAGCAUAUUUUGGUACCAGAUCAAGCCAGAUAAUUGUGUAUCAAUAAGAGGCAGCUUUGUUCUUUGAAUAGAGUUUAAAUCUUACAUUUAAAGAAUUCCAUGUAACCAUGUACCAACACAAAAUAGUUGAUAGACGUCUAAUCGAUUAUCACAGCAUUUUACUUGAUUUCUGGAGUUUUCUGUAGGCUUUGAUUUUUUUUUUGUUUUGAAGAAAGUUCAGCUUCUUUUGUGUAAGAUUAAGUGCAUGAAUUAUGAUCGACUGCAGAUGUAAAAUGUAUUAAAAUUGAUUUUUUUGUGUUAUAACAAAAGAGAAGGGAGGAAAUAGGGUGGGAGGCUGAGCAUUCUGGUGAGAAGAGUGAAUGCUAGAAAAGCCAUUGUAAAAGUCUCAGUGCUUUGUGACCUUAUUGUGCAACAUUUUUCCAAGGACAUGUUCUGCUUAAUUUUGAUGCUGGGUGUAUAUUUCAUAAAAUGCAUUUGAUUUAAAAACAGUUGACUCGUAGACAGCUGUUGUCACCUUAGUAUAUCAAAUAUGUGCACUCCUAGUCAGAAAAUGACACCUAGCUCUUCAGUGAUUCUGCAUAAUACUUCCUUCAGUUAUAUAUGGAAAGGGAUCGGGAAACAGCAAUCCUUUCCUCAUUUUUAUUUUUUUUUUAAACUCCUGGUUUUAACCCUCUUACUUUAAGGCCAUUGGUAUUUUUCCCCUCCACUUUGAACUGAGGCUUGUAUGAGCCUUGCACUGGUCUCAGGCAUUUCUCACUCUGGCAGUUUGAAUGUGCUGAUACCUUUAGCAUGUCCCAUCAUGUCAAUUCAAGACUUCCAGGUGACAUUAUUGUUAAUGGUGGGCAGAGUUCUCUUGGUGAGAGCUUUUUGCUCAGUUCAGCUGAAAGCAAGGGAGCUCAAAAACCAGUAAGAGCUGGAUGGACUCUCUCUGUCAGCUUCACAUAGUGUUUAAAGCAAAAUCAUUUCAGGAAGAAAUGCAUGUGGUUCCAAACACUGUUUUCAGCUUUAAAUAAAAGAAAAGAGAAUUUUUUUAAAAGCAGUGAUUUCAAAGGGAAAGGUUCUUUAUGAAGACAUGGUUACAGCUUUCUUAUUUCUGCUAAGCUUGUAAUGCAGGUAUGUAAGUAUUGACAAAACAACCUUAAGCCACAAAUAAGACUAGAGAUGACCCAAAACAUAGACAGUGGCACUGCCACCAGCUUGUCAUUCUCUUGCCUCCACCACCACUGCUAGAUCUAGGAAUCCAUUCUGACAAACACAGCAGGCUCACCCCCUGCUCUGUCAGCUGCUUUCAUGCAUUUAUUUAUUUAGACCACACUUGGCUUUUUCUGCUUUUUUGUAAUUCAAAAUACAGAUAUAUACUGCUGAUGUUAUCUUAGAAGGUCAAGUGUACAUGAGAAGAGGCAAAGACCAGAAUAAAUAAAAACAAAGUUUAGAAGGUAUAGGCAAAAAUUCUUUAAAAUAUUUGAAGUUCCAAUUGCCAGUAAAAUGGCUGUUCAUUAACUGUGACACUUUGUAGAGAAAUAAAAUAGAAGCUAUUUUUAUUUAAGAGCUAACAAUGAAUGCUUUCUAAACGAACAGUGGAGAAUUAAAUCUGGAGAACAAAUGAAAAAAAAAUUGUAGGAGAAUACAUUCCUAUCAUGUACAAGAGACUUACAAAUUCUUUCACAAGACAGAUCAUUUCUAGGUACAGUUUGACAAAUGUUAACCAAGAGAAAAAAAAUGUUAACCAAGAGAAAAAAAAAUUCCUGCUUACCAUGGAAGCAUACAUGAUUUCAAAAUAAAUUUUUUUACUUUGUCUAAGGUAACCAAAAAAAUGAGAUUUCAAAGCAGCAGCUGUGAAUGCUGACAGAUGUGACUGAGUUGUAUAUAGAAACAGGAAUGUAUAACAUUUGAGGUGACACUGUCUGGAAAUGGUCCUGGACCUAGAAGUUUUAAAAGCAUCUUUGUAUUGGAAGAAAACCCCCCACAGCUGAAAGUUUUCCAAUAAAGAACUUUUAAGGGCA